AUGACAGCUCUGAAUUUAAUACCUGGAAACGACAACGAAGAAAACAUCUCCCCUUCAGAGAUGGCCACCGUUUCUGUCAAGCGGCCUCAAGAUAAAGACAAAACCAAAAUCAGAUUAAGAAGAAAAAGGUAUACAAGACAGCCUCUUCAAGACAUCACUAAUCUCUUUGUCUCAUCAUCACCAUUGCCCUCUUCGUUUCUGAAUCUUCAUAUGCCCUCUUCGCCAUCUCUGUCAGUUGUUCCCAAAUGCAUGAAGAGAAAAGCUGACGUUGCUCUCAAGGCUGCCACUUCUUCUACCUACUCUUGUAGAAAUUUCAGAUGA